AUGUCGUAUGAUGUUGUUGAAAAUACUAUUCAAUUCACUUGGAAUUUUAUUCCCCCGGAAGAUGUUAAAAUCAUUGAAGUGGAUACUAAUGUGAUGAUUUUUAAGUUGAAAAAUAAAACCGUGGUGGACAAAGUGAUAGAUGAAGGGUCACGGAACAUUGAUGGUUACUUGGUGAUUCUCUUUGAUUACUUAUAUGGACUAAGUCAUCAAGAACUUGAUUGGACUCAACAAGCUUACUGGAUUCAGCUGAAGUAUAUUCAACCAGAGUAUAUGACUGUGAAAGUUGUGGAGGAAAUGGGUAAACUUUUGGGCGAAGUCUUAGCAAUUGAACCAAAAAAUGCUAUUCCAGUUGGAGGUGUGCCAGUGAAAGUUUGGGUGAAAAUUGAUCUGUUAAAACCAUUAAGAAGGGGUGCUUUAGCUAUCACUGCUGCUGGAGUAACAAAAUGGGUAAAAUUUUACUAUGAAAAACAACCUAGAAAAUUAUGCCCAAAAUGCAAUAUCAUUAAUCACUGUGAGGGGGCUUGUAAGGCAGCUAUUGAAUAUGUUGAAGCUCUUCAUAAGCAUCCACUGCCAUUUGGAGGUGUUGGAAGAUUGAAAAAGUCGCUUACUGCUAGAACUAGUGCAUCUUCGACUCCUAAUCAGAAUUCUAGAAUGAAUGGAAGGAACAUUACCUUUACUCCUCAAGAUGGGGUUUCUGUCAAGAUUUCUUCUGUAACUGAUUCUAAUGAAGUUCAAGCUAGGCUAGGAAAAAGAAAAAGGUUUAUUGAGAACAAACAAGUUUCAGAAGAUGCUGAUCAAGGAGAAGGUAAUGAAAAUAACACUGAAGGCGAUUUAAACUUUGUGUUGACUCAAGAUGAAAAGGAAGGGGGUAACCUCAUAUCCCAGACUGUUUUGGAUGACUCUAAUAGAAGGUUAAAUGUAAACGGUCUUCAUAGUAUGUCUUUUGUUGGGAAUCCUUUUACUUGGUCUAAUAGGAGAGCUGGUCAUGAGAUUAUUUUAGAAAUACUUGAUAGGGUUCUUUAUAAUUUUGAGUGGAUGAAUUUAUCUCCCAAUUCUACCUCUUUUCACCUCAUUCCUUUAGCUAGUGAUCAUUGCCCAAUUUUGCUGGUAACUGAUAGAAUUCAGAAUAAUACAUACAAGCCUUUUAGAAUGAAUAGGACAUGGCUUAGAAAUCCUUCUUGUAAGGAGGUCAUUAAAAAUAAUUGGAUUGUUUCUGAUCCUGGUUCUAAUGCUUAUAGAGUCACUAGAAGUCAACAUAAUAUUAAAGUAGCUUUGAGUAUUGCUAAUCAGAACGAAUCUCUUGUAGACCUUGAGAAAAAUUUAAUUCACUGGCUUGAUGCUCAAGCUAAUUUCUGGAAACAGAGAAAUAGAGAUGAGGAUCUUAGAAAUGGAGAUAGAAACACUGCAUACUUUCAUAAUAAGGUGAAUUUUAGGAAAAAAAUAACUAAUAUUGAUACUCUUAAAAAUACUAUGGGUGUUUGGGUUUCCGAUAGGAAUGACAUUGCUUCAACUCUAAAAGAUUAUUUUUUUUAUAUGAGUAGAACUACUAUUCCUGAUGAUCCUACUGAGUAUUUUGAAUCUUUUUCUCCUUGCAUUGCUGAUUCUGAAAAUAGCAUGCUUACUAGAAUUCCUGAUAGUGAUGAAGUUAAACAUGCUAUAUUUAGUAUGCAAUCAUGGAAUACCCCUGGUCCUGAUGGGUAUCCUCCUGGUUUUUAUCAACAGAUGUGGGAUGUUGUAGGUGAUGACAUAGUUAGAAUGGUUCAGUCCUUUUUUCACUCUAAGCAUAUUCUUAAACAGAUCAAUCAUAAUUUUACUGCUUUGAUUCCUAAAAGAACUGCCUCAUUAGCCCGGUUGAUUUUCGUCCUAUUAGUCUAUGUAAUGUCACCUAUAAAGUGA